AUGCCUUUGUACGGGCAGGAGAGUCCGACCUUUUCCUUCAACCCCGUUGGUUCUGGUGGUGGGUCUAAGGCAACUACAGAGCAAGGGGCUGGGUAUGUGCAGGGUAAGGCCUGUAAUUCGGAAAUGCCCAAUGGUUCGCUGGGUGAUCCUCGAAAGGUGUGGCACUAUGAUUAUAGUGACCCUAGUAGAGGCCGAAUCUACUCUAGUAAUGGUCCUGAACGUCACCAAGAACGAGUAAUGGCACCUGAUGCCCUUGAAGGUGGUAGGAAAGGCCAGAGUACCACUGUGGGUACUGCUGGGACCUACCAUGGUAACCUGGAGUCAUUUCCAAUGACCCCAAGUGUUGCUGGCCAGAUAGGGGAACCUUACGGUAGAACUCCUCCCUAUGGGGAGAGAGUAACACUGUGUAGGCAACCUGAUGGCAAUUUUAAGAUGGUUCAAGAAGAUUAUCCGCUAGCCUUCAAUGAUGGAAGGCCUAGAGGGGGUGAUAAUGACUCUAUCAACUCUCGUAUAGUGAGUCAGGUGGAGUCAGUAUUGUCUGAAAAUCUGAAGACCAUCGCCCCUACUAAUGCUAAGAAGGCCCAAAUUCGUUUGAAUAUGGGUUACCGUAUGCCACGGUAUGGAUACUUGAAGUCCUUCUGGUUACUGCCUCCUCAGUGGCAGAAGGAGAGACCUGCUGACUUACCUAUUGGUUCUGAUGAUUUGGCUAUUAAUGAAGCUCAAUUAGAGUUUGUUAAGCACCGAGUGACUCAGGCCUCUGAGAAGCUGGUGAGCCAGAUCAAGAAGCUCCAAGGAGGGCCCUAUCAGGGUGCAA